UUUUCAUCACUCGCAAGAUGUCGGGGAUGAGGCAAACUCCACUGACUUGUUCUGGUCACACAAGACCGGUUGUCAGCUUGUCUUUUAGUGAAAUUACUCCAUAUGGGUAUUUCCUCAUCAGUGCAUGCAAAGAUGGUAAGCCAAUGCUGCGUCAAGGAGACACUGGUGACUGGAUUGGGACAUUUGAGGGUCACAAAGGAGCAGUUUGGGGAGCCACACUUAAUAAGGAUGCUACCAGAGCUGCCACAGGGGCUGCUGACUUCACUGCGAAACUGUGGGAUGCUGUGAGUGGAGAAGAGCUCCGAUCAUUUCUCCACAAACAUAUUGUCAAGUGUGUAGAUUUUUCCCACGACAGCACUAAACUGCUGACAGCCAGUAAUGAGAAAGUCCUGAAGCUGUAUGACUUAAAUCAACCAGAGGCAGAGCCAAGAAUAUUUAGUGGUCACACCAAUAACAUGAAAGGGGCAUUGCUAACACCUGAUGGCAAGAAGAUAAUAAGCGCAUCUGACGAUAAGACAGUGCGAGUAUGGGAUAUCGACAACGGGAACGAAGUUCGAAAACUUGAGUUUAUUUUACCUCCCAGUAGUUUAGAGCUUGCCAGGGGAGGGAAAAUUCUUGUCAUAACAUACGGGCCAUUUACUAGUUUUUGGAACACAGAAAACUUUGAGAAGAUACGAGAGUUUGAGGCCCCAACAGAUAUUAACACAGCAUCUCUUCACUCUACAGAGGAUAUUUUUGUGUGUGGUGGAGAAGAUUUUAAGAUGUAUAAAUUUGAUUAUAACACUGGGACUGAAUUAGAGUCCUUCAAGGGUCAUUUUGGGCCUGUUCACUCAGUGAGAUUUUCACCAGAUGGCGAGUUGUAUGCCAGUGGCAGUGAAGAUGGAACAUUACGAUUGUGGCAAACGAAUGUGGGCAAAACUUACGGAUUAUGGAAAUGUGUGAUACCAGAUGACGUAAACAUAACCAAUGAUGUCCAGCCUGCGGCAGUUAAGGCUGAAGCGUAAUGAUGUGUUUGCCACAUUUUGAAGAUCUGAUGUGCAUUUAAGUGACCAAAGCCUUCCUGUAUGGUUUGUGAGAAUUCUCAACCCCUUGUGCUGGGCUGGCUGUUGAACAGUAUCAGUCCCAAGUUUGCUCAUGUCAUGUACACCAGUGUGGUCAUGCAGCGUACAUUAAUUGCUUACAUUAUCCUCCAGUGAUGGAUAUAUGAGUGACCAAAUAUUAUGUCCUUUGGUUAUUGAAAAGAAUACAUUUACAAAAAAAUUACCGAUAAUUUCAUGGAGUUUUUCACCAAUGAUCUUGAGGUACAAAAUAUAUCACAGAAGGGUACUGGUACUUAGUUGAUGAAAAAUUCUAUGAAACGAUGUGAUAUACGAUAAAUGACAUGUCACACAAUUUUUCACCAAACUAGAGAUAAAAAAAUUCCAUGAAAUUAUGCGAUAUACUGUAAAUCACAUAAAAUAUCAGACGAUUUUUACCAACUAUUAACAGUAGGGUGAUUAGUUGGUGAAAACUUGCAUGAAAUUAUUUGUGAUUUACUUUACUUUCAAAAAAGCAUAUUAAAAUCAGCCAUGUAAUUUUCAAACUCAAAUGCCCUAGUCAGUUGCUUAUGGCGACUUGUUAGACUGGUCAGUUCAGCAAGGGUGCCAUUUACAGAACAGAGUGUUAUAGUGGGCAAAUAUAUUUCAAAAAAGCAUAUUAAAAUCAGCCAUGUAAUUUUCAAACUCAAAUGCCUUAGUCAGUUGCUUAUGGCGACUUGUUAGACUGGUCAGUUCAGCAAGGGUGCCAUUUACAGAACAGAGUGUUAUAGUGGAGGUAAAUUACGCAAUUACCCGUUUGAGGCUAUACAUGUACAACAUUGUGAUAUAGAUAUAUGCUAUAUAAUGCAGUGCAACUUCACUACAAGACAGACGUCGGAUCCGUUUGGAUUUGUCAAGUCAACAGUAACAAGUAACAUUUCCACCGUUGUCAUCCCUUCUGUACUGAAAGUGUUUCAGUCCUAUUUACUUUCAUAUUGUCAAGUUUGGCCAGUCAUUUGUGAGGAUUGGUUAUUUUGUUGGUUUUCAUGUAUAGAAUGUCUCAUUUGGGUUGAAAGUUGGGCAUCCAUUUGGUUAUUAAGUCCAGUCAUUCAUUUGGUUGUCAAAUCUUACAGAUGUUUAUCAGCACUGAGCAUUUAUUGGCUUGUCAAGUCCCACUAUCUGUUUAGUUGUCAAACCAGGGCCCUAGUAAGGGUUGUAACCUGAUCACCAGCCUGAUCACCAUGAUGUUGCACACUCACAGUGUACGCUGCCUUGGUAUUUGUGACUAGCGUAUCAUUACGGCCCCUUUGAGAAACAGCACCCAGGUCAAUCAUUUGAUUCUUGAAAGUUUGGCCAAAGUUAUGACAUGGUUUCGUUCAUUGAACCAUUUGGUUGUCAAGUUAUGUGAAGACUUAAGAUCAUAUUAUAUGAUGUUGUCAUAUUUUCAUUUCUCAAGUUUGACCAGUCUGGUUUAUCAGUUUCAGUUAUUCUUUGAGGGUUUUGAAGUUUUGUCUGAAAUCUGCCCAGUCCAUAGAUACUCAUCUUUGCCAAGUGUAAUUUAUAGUGCUCAGUUGAUGAGCUCAUGGUGCUUUCUUUGUCAGAGAUCCAAGUUUUUAGUGACUUCAAAAUUUAUUUCUGCAGUUCACUGUAUAAAAACUGACAUUGUCAACUUAGAAACAAUAUCAGGGGUUUUUGAACAUUAUUAUUGACAGUAAACAUAAAUUAUCCAUCUUCAUAACUUUAACAGUGGUCUGUCAGUAUGUGGUGCUCACUUCUCUUGAAAGAAAAACACAAAAUAUAAAAUAAGACCUAAAUCCACUUUUUCUGUGAGACGUUGAUGAGAUUCGUACUGCUGCUGUGGUGCUAUAUCUCAACUCUUUAUUGCUGUUUUAAUAGCCAUUGUUUAAUGAAACGGUCUAGUAUAGGUUGGGAUUGAAGGUUACCCAAGUCCUUUUGUUCCGGGCAUAAUGUCUAUACAUAAUUUGUUUUCCUCAUAUUUUGUUAAGUAUUGAAUACGCUUCUUAUUUCUUAAAACGUGUCUUUGACUUAUGCCACACUCCUAAGUGAAAUACAGGUAUUUACAUUUUGCUUACUGGUUUCUGCCAUAUUGAAUUAUACUGUGAAUGUGAGACAGAUCUGCCUGUAAAACAGUUCAAAAGGUUUAGGUUUUAAAAUGAAAUUGUAAGCCUCUUGGCUCAAUUCCUAAAUUUAAAAAACAUCACUUGUAUUGGCAUUUCAUUUUGUUGAAUCA